AUAAAACUGUGUGUCUGAAAGCCCAUCGAGACUCAACAAUCAUUAGCUCAAAGGCGGCCCGAAUACGCCGCCCAUCAGCUCAUCACUCUUCUCUUAGCGUUCGGUUCUAUUUCGUUGCGUGUGCAAUCGUUCUUAAUGAUGGAGUUCAACCACGAUGAACUAUCGUCACCAGGCUGGCUAAAUGAAGAAUUUUUCCAGCAUGUUUUGUGCGAGUACGAACGUGAUCCAGCGGUUCGGCUGGUGGGAACGUGUCAGCUACGGCCCGGCACAAAGGCGGGUGAUCAUUUUGCAAGCGUUAUGUACAGAACGACGUUCCGUUACCAGACCGGCGGUGUCGAGAAAUCGAUCAAUCUUAUCAUGAAGAUAAAGCCCGUGGCCGAAGGUAUGAAGAAGGAGCUGCUGGAUGAUGAGGAUUUUUUUGGCAAAGAAAUUCGUAUGUACACCCGGGUACUUCCCGAGAUGGCGCGACUGAUGGGAAGCAUCGGCGAGGAGUAUAAGUAUCCAAACUUAAUCUUCGCAUCCAAGACUCCCCACACGAUCAUCAUCCUGGAAGAUGUGAGUCCGCAAGGCUGGACAAUGAAGGGGUUGCUUAAAAGCUUCGAGGAUCUACAACCAACGAUCGAUGCCAUCGCGAAGUUUCAUGCCGCAUCUAUAGUAAUGCAAGCGAAUGAUCCCAAUUUGGGACCGACUAUCGCUGCACGAUCGCAGAUACCAUUCGGACGAUGCGUAGCAUGACCGACGCCUGCUUCCAUUCGUUUGUACGCUUUCUCCGCUAUACCUUGAACCUUCCCGAGCUGGUCGAACCGGUGCUAAAGUUCCACGGAAGGAUCGACGACAGCUUACGUGCGGCAUACGCCACCUCGGAAUCCUGUGCCAAUGUGUUGAUACAUGGGGAUUUUCAUUUCAAAAACUUACUCCACCUGCUGACUGGCGAGCGAAUCGUCGAGACAAUGUUUGUGGACUAUCAGAUGUGUAGCUGGAGCUCGCAGGUGGUCGAUCUGUUCUAUCUCACGUACAUGAUACCGGAGCAAUCGGUAAAGUCCAGCCAUCGGGAUGCAAUCAUUCAUCGGUAUUAUGGGAAGUUUAGCAGUGUGCUUCGUCGGUUGAACUAUGGCGGAAAGAUUCCCUCCUUAACUGAGCUUCAUGCAGAAAUGCUACGGAACGGGGAACUUGAACUUUUCCACUACAUCGUGUUUUCCGCCUUUCGGUAUACCGAUUUGUCCAAGGUGGACUCGGAGGCGUUCUUCCUGGGGCGUAUCGAGAACCCUGCACUGCAGCUGGAAGAGUUUAAAGCAACGAUUAGGACGGAAUUGCCAAGAUUUUUGUACUGGGGUAUAAUCGAAUAAGGCGUUGCCUCUAAAUCUCAUCCAUCUAAGGUUUCGUGAUGAUUCGUACACUGAAGAGUUGCUUAAACUGCAUUCUGGUCACGUAGUUUAAAUGAAAGCAUUUUCAACAUUCUUAUUGGAAAAAAGAUUCGAAAAUUAAUCUCAACAUUGUCUUAUUUAAAAAUAAAAGCAAAGUACUUCUUACUCACCUCACGAUCGUUGCUAUUGCGCCAUAGUGUUGAUUGAGGCUCCUCUCACUCUAGACUUGGACUCAGAAAGCGUUCAAGGCAAAAUACUGCAUCCAAUCGAUCCGUUCUCUUGGGGGCUUGUAUGAAAAUAACGCUUUCGUUCUACGGCAAAAUGUAGCUAACGGAACGAAUUAAACUCAUCGAGCGAAACGUGCUCGCUGCGUGAGCGUAAAUCGCCUAACUUCCUUAGUCAGAUACCGAGCUCGAUUCGAGACUGUUCGGAAUAUUUGCAAACAUUGUUUUAGGUUCGGCUUUAGGCGAAGAUUUUCCAAAUAAAUAUCAUUAACCACG